CAGCCGCCAAAAAUUGGAAUUGGAGGGCCACGAGUUAAACGUGGCGCCAACGGUUCAGUAGAAGUAUUGACAGAAACGUAGUCGAUCAACUAUGGCAGAGUGCGAGGAUACUGAAGUAACAGACCUGGAGGAGACCUUCACUAAGGCGGCGAGUCAUCUUCAAUCCCUUGCUGCACGACUAGAUUCCGGUCAACUUCUCGGAUUUUAUGCUCUAUAUAAGCAGGCUACCGAGGGUUCUUGUGAGAGCCCAAGACCGAACUGGUAUCAAACGCAGGCCAAGCACAAGUGGGAGGCCUGGAAGAGUCUAGGCGAUAUGAGCCGAGAAAUCGCCAUGGGAAGUUAUAUACGUGCAGUGGGUAAAUUGGAUCCAACCUGGGAACAGGAUGCCCGAGCGGAAUCGCAGGCGUGGGUUGCCGUUAGCAGACUUCCUAACACGGAUGCGGAAUUGAGGGACAUUGACAAGACCAUACUGGAUUGGGUGAAAGACGGGGACGUUGGCAUGGUCCAAGAAGCUCUGUCCCGAGAUCCUGCUUGUGUCAGCCGAUCAGAUCAAGAUGGCAUGCUACCCAUACAUUGGGCUGCUGAUAGAGGACAUGUACCAACUUUAAAAUGUCUCGUGGAAAGGGGUGCUGAUGUCGAUGCUCAGGAUGGCGGCGGGCAAACCCCAUUGCAUUUUGCAGCUUCCUGCGGUCAUAUUGAAGCCGUGCGAUAUCUCCUCUCUGUGGGUGCUACUUUUAUCGCCGACAACGAAGGUCUGACUCCUAGACACAUUGCUGACGAUGAAGUGGCCGCUGUCUUAUAGUACAGUCGAUUAGCAAAACGUUACGUGUAAUGCACUUGUAUCCGCGACACGUUAUUAUAAUACAUUAAUAAAUAAUUUUGAAAAAAAAGUAA